CCCAGAAGUACAGCCUAACCAAAGACAACCUACCUCGCCUGCUGUAAACGAAGCAGGAUAUAUAAGAAAAUAGUUACAGUAACUAAAUUCUGCUGUUUAAAACCGUCACGUAACUCGAUUUCCUGUAUGUGAGAAGUUUCCUCAUCAGCUGGCACGCUGUCCAUAUCGCAACUGACCUACUUAAUUUGCAACAGAGAAAAUCAAGGGUGUAAAACCGUAAACAGACUAAAAGGAACGCCCCCUCGUGUCAGGUAAAUACCUGUGCAGGUAACAGACUCAUCAGCGGUGAACACGGUGCCCUCUGGCAAUGGCUGAAGAUUUGGAGCCCGACUCGGAGUUCACGGGGGUCCGGGACAUGUUUUUCAUGGUCACACGGAACGAAUCAUUUUAUCAGAAAGUGGAAGAUGUACCUGAGUAUGUGCAGCAGGCCACUCCUUUCUUUGUAGGGCUGAUAUUGCUGGAGAUGGUGGUGGGCGCUCUGAAGACAGGCGCCCCAGUGGUCACCAUCAGUGAUGGACUCACCUCCAUAUCUUCUGGAAUGAUCUCCAGAAUCCCAAUGUUGUUCAUGAGAGGCUGUGAGCUGAGUGCUUACAUGCACGUGUGGGACCGGUACCGCCUGCUGGAGCUGCCCUGGGACUCUGCCUGGACCUGGUGGCUCACCUUCCUGGGCGUGGACUUCUGCUACUACUGGGUCCACCGCCUCGCUCACGAGGUGUCCAUCAUUUGGGCUUCUCACCAGGUUCACCACAGUUCAGAGUACUACAACCUCACCACCGCCCUCAGACAGUCGCUCACCCAGCAGUUCACAUCAUGGAUCUUCUACCUGCCAAUGGCUCUGAUUGUCCCCCCCUCGGUCUUCGCCAUCCACAUACAGUUAAACCUUCUCUACCAGUUCUGGAUCCACACUGAGCUGAUUACAGACCUUGGACCUCUCGAGUGGGUCUUCAACACCCCAAAACAUCACAAAGUUCAUCACGGGAGGAACAGUUACUGCAUUGACAAGAACUACGGGGGAAUUCUCAUCAUAUGGGAUCGAUUGUUCGGUACCUUUGCUCUUGAGCAAGAAAAAGUGGUGUUCGGCCUGGUGUACCCUAUCAACACCUUUGACAUCCUCUAUGUUCAGUUACACUACUACAUGUAUUUGUGGAGAAGAUCCAACACUUUCAAGACUAUCAGCAACAAAUUGUCAACUUUCGUCAACGGUCCGAGUUGGCAACCUGGUAAAUCUCGGCUAGGCGACCACCUCGAAAAUCCCAAGGUUACCGGACAGGAAGUGCCUCAUGAUCCCAGCUGGUCGCUGCCUUUACAACUUUAUGUGGUUGUACAUUUCCUGCUGGUGCUGGGGACUUACAAUGAUCUGUUUGAAAACAAGAUGAUGCUGUCACAGUUAACCAUUCUGGGGAUGACCGGCUGCGUUCUGCUCACUCUCACUUCCCUCGGCUUCAUUAUCGAUCAGAGGACGACGACGGCGGCUGUCGCGGAGAUGCUACGCUGCGUUGUCAUCCUGACAUUGCAGUGGUACGGCUACAUGAAGCCCUUGCUGCCUUCACUGGCUGUGCCCACACAGGCCUUUGUCUCCCUCUCUCUGCUGUACUGGGCGCUGCAGAGCUUCUCUCAGCUGCUCAGCAUCAAGAAGAAGGCCGACUGAGUCGACACAAGAAGACACCGGCUCAAUCUUACCUUUUGAAGUCAUAAUUGUUGACAUUAAUCCAUAUUAACACAUUUUGAAUCACAUUGGAGAGGCAGUUGUUUGAGCUUUUGCUUGAUUCACUUGUUAACCUUUUAUGUCGAACUGUUUAAAGUCUGUUUAUGACCAAAGCUUUAUCAUAUAAAGACAAAAGACAAGACAAGGUGCUCAACAGGCACUUUUUAUCAAAUGACACAUUUCUGUCUUUUGUCUACACUGUUAUGCUGCAGUGCUAAUGAAUUAACAUUUUUAAGUGUGAAGCAUUUCUUUGCUUUUACUAUGCAACAUAUACCUCUUAUAAAACAAAUGGCUUUUAAUUUGACUUUUGACAAAUACUCACAAUACUGUACAGUAUAUUGUUCUGCUUUUUUCAUUGCAAUAAUUUAUUAAAAUCUUU